ACUCGUACCGGCCGGCCGGUAGGAGUACUCGUACAACGUACGUACUCGUACUCGUACUAUGGAACAACCCUGAAUUUUUUUUAAUUUUUGAAAUUUUUUCCUUUGAAAAACAAACAACAAUACCGGCCGGUAGGGAGUAACAAGAAUUGAGCACAACAGUAUCACUGUUGCGAAAUGAGGAAGUAGCAUGACGAACACUGAUAAUGAUACCGUUACAGAGAAACGAGAAAAUGGUGUGAUGAAACGGAUUGCGAGCAUUAGCGGUGCGAAUGGCGAGAAACAAGGUGAUGCAUUUAAACUUGCACCGUUCAAUCCAUCCAGUGACCAGAUUCAGGAAAAAGCCACAUCCAUGUUCGAUCUGGGAGAGCAUGAUGUACUUUUUGAUAUCGGAUGUGGGGAUGGCCGCCUGCUAUGUUUCGCCGCAACGAAGAUACCGGGUUUGAAAUGCGUCGGGAUCGAGAUCUUAGAAGAAUUCGUUUCUCGGGCACGGGAGCGUGUGAAGGAAUGUAACUUGGAAUCUCGAAUCGACAUUAGAUUAGAAGAUGCUACAAAAUUGGUAGAAACAAGUACUGCCGAGAUUGGAAAAGGCAUAAAAGCGAACGAUGAAGGGGAAAAGUGUUUGUCCGACUUGACUUUGUUAGAUGACGCUACAGCGCUGUAUCUAUUUAUCUUGCCCAAGGGCAUUGUCAAAAUAAUGCCUAUUUUGCAAUCUUUGAAAGAGAAGAGAAACGACGAGGGCAAGCGACUAAAGGUAUUGAGCUACAUGUUCAAGAUCCACGAUUGGGAAGCAACCAAAACUGAUGUGUCAGGGAAAGGAGGCUGCCCGGUCUAUUACUAUGACUUCCAACCGUAAAACACGCAGCUUCCAACUUUUCAAGGUCAUUGCUGCCGAUAGUUACUGAUAUCAAACUUAAAAGCAUUGCUAAAAUCAUACUAUUGAAUGACUUAGCGCUAUCGCUUUCUUGUCUGUUGCUAAGCGAAAGUUAUGCGGAUGAUCAAAAUAAGAUCUGGGGUACAGCCGAGGAAUGAAAUAUUCAAUGAUGGUCAAUAUAAAUGUCGACGUUGCCUUCAAAGAAUUCGCUUUCCCAAUACUUCAAACAACUUUUAAAACCCCAGCAUGCACUAGUUGAAGAAUCUUCUCUCUAGUUUGCGGGUUGCUCAUGGCCCGGUUAGCAGCAACGGGAUUCUCGUGGAAGUCACGCAUUAUUUGCUGAAUGAUUGGAUCUUGAAGCAAUGCUUCAAUCCCAGGGUCCUUGAACAACACGGAAUUCCAUUUCACUGUGUGAUCUUUCUUUGUCAGUAUCAACACAAUCCUAUUCUCUUCGAUUUCAUGUCUGGCAUGGGUGAUCUCGCUCGUCAGUUUUUUGAAUGACAGCAUGAAAUCUUCAGAUUGGUAAUUUUUGACAAUCAGUGACAACGAACGUUCCCUCGACUUAAGCUCAAUG